AUGACAACAGCCAUCGUUUCCACACCAACUCCUCAUCGUACUUCUCUCGGUGGUGGUGGUAGUGGUAUUGUUACUAAUAAACACAUUUCCAAUUCUACAACAAAUAAUAAUAACAAUACACUCAUAAUACCUACUUCUUCUAAUAACAAUUUAAAAGAUAUAAAAUAUACUUGUGGUGGUAUAUUUAAUAGUAAACCAAUAUUAAUUGAUAAUGAAAAUAUAAUUGUAAUUGCAGUUUCACAAACUAUAAAAAUAUAUUCAUCUAAUACAGGUAAACAAUUGAAUGAAAUUAUUCAUCAUACUAAAAAGAUUACACAAAUAAUUAAAGAUGAUUGUAAUGAAAAUCAAAUAUAUAGUGUAUCUGAAGAUGGAUUAUUAUCAACUGGAGAUGGACAUGGUGUCAUUUCUUUAUAUUUUUCAGAUGGUACAAAAUCAUCACAUCAUUGGCAUCCAUCUAUGGUAACUAAUUUACAAUUUAGUGAAGAAGGUGAUUAUUUAUAUUCAUCUGGUAUUGAAGGUGUUGUUGUUUGUUGGAGAUUACCUUCUCUUAAAAAGGAUAAAUUCCUUGUUACUGAUUGUAGUAUUUCUAAUUUUAUGUUAUCUUCAAAUCAAGAUGAUAUUUUCAUUUUAGGUAAAGAUAAUAUUAUUAGAAAAUAUGAAUUUGCUAGAUUUAAUUUAAUUUAUAGAAUUUAUGUAAUUAAUGAACCUAAUAGUAAUUAUAUUUUAAUGAAUGGUACAAAUUCAUUACAAUGGUUUAAUAUUAAUGAUUCAACUAUUAAACAUUAUGAAUCUAUUCAAUUUAGAGAUGUUAAAUAUGAUCCAUCUCGUUUUAUUAAUUCUGAAUCUAAACCUAUUAAAAAUAUUAUUGAACAUUUGGCUUUUAAUCAAAAUGCAAAUUAUUUAGCACACGUUGAAAGUUUUAAUCAAUUUAAACAAAAUUUAAAAUUCUGGAAAUUAGAUAAUAAUAAUAUGAAUAUGAAUAAUAUGAAUAAUAGUGUUAAUGGUAGUAGUGAUAACAAUGAUAGUACUAAUAAUACUAAUAAUAGUGGUAUUAGUAAAAAAAUGAAACCAAAAUUAAUUACAGUUAUUGAUAAUCCACAUUCAGAUAAAAUUACACAAUUAUUAUUUAAUAAUGGUAAUAAUAAUCAAUGUUUAACAUCAUCUAUUGAUGGUAAAAUUAGAAUUUGGAAUUUAACAAGUGAAUUAUUUACAUGUCAAGCAAUAUUAGAAUAUAAAAAUUUACCAUGUUAUUCAUUUGAUAUAAGUAAAGAUGGUACAUUAUUAUGUGCUGUAUUUGGUAAUGAAAUUACAUUAUGGGAUUUGGAAAGAUUUGAAUUAAUUGAAUCAUAUAAUUAUCCAUAUCAAUUAUUAGAUUGUAAAUUCAUUAAUGAUGAUUAUAUUGCUAUUAUUUCUGAUAGAUAUAUUUCUUUAUUCUCUUUAUUAUUUGAUAAUAAGAAUUUAUGGACUAUUGAUGCUGGUCAUGUUCAAUCUUUAAUUACAAAUCAAAAUGAACAAUUUGCAUGUAUUGUUAAUGGAAGUGAAAUUAUUCAAUUUUCAUUAAAUAAUAAUACUAUUAAUAAUACUAAUAUAUCAUCAUAUCCAAUGGUUAAUUAUCAUUUAGAUACUGAUCACUUUUUACAAUCUUUAUUUUAUAAGAAUAAUCAAUUAUAUUUCUUAAAUAAGCAAUUUGAAAUUUAUAAUAUUAUUAAUAGUAAUAAUAAUACUACUACAAAUAAUACUAGUACUACUACAAGUAAUGUUAAUGGUAGUACUGCUACUGCUACUACUACUACUAUUAAUAAUAAUAAGAAUGAAAAGAAUGAAGAACAAUCCAUUGAAGAAAAUGGAACAAUUAAAUCAAUUUAUGAUAAGAAAUGGAAAUCUUCUGAUAGAAUUUCAUUAAUGGAACUUCAAAGAGUUAAUACAGUUCCAUUUGCAACUGAUAUUGGUAAUAGAGCAUGGAAGGAAAUAUUUAAUGCACCUUCUCAUUCUUUAAUUUCAAUGUCAUCUUGUUAUUCUACUUUUAUGAAUACUUUUAUUUUGAAAUCUAUUAAUAAGAAUAAUACUUUUAACAAUUCAAAUGAUAAUAAUACAACAACAACAACAAUGAAUCAUCAAUAUGCAACACUUGUUCCAAAUACUCAAUCAUCAUCUCAACAACAACAACAUGUUGAAGAAAGUUGUGUUCCAUCUGCUGAUUUAAUUAGAUUUAUUAAUAAUUAUUCAAAACAAUAAAAAUAUCAUUUUUAAACAAUAAA